UGUCUCGAUAAAAAAGACGAAAGUUACAUGGAAUUGAUUGAUAUAAAAAAUCCUUAAUGCACGACCUAAAGAUAAAAACAGUUUGCUAACUUUGCAGACGAGAAAGUUACUUCUUGUAUGACGUCACAAACGAAUUUGACACUUCAAGAAGUAUGUCAUCGAGAAGGAAUUCGUAUACACAUGCGCAAAACGGCAGCUGAUUGUUUGUUUGUUUGUUUGUUUUUUGUCGUCUGGCGUUUAUUUCAUAUAAAUACAAGGUCAAGUCUAUCAAGAGAUCUUUACACAUUUUUAGGCUACUUUGUACGGAUCUUUGUACACAACUGACCGAUCUCCCUUUUCGCAUUGAAAGUUGGAAUACAUGGCGCGCGGUCGAGUGUGUAUUGCACCGUGUAUUGCAAACAUCCAUUGCCAUUCAAUUCAAUGUCUACUUCAGUUUUACACCAGAAAAUACCAUUGCCAGACGAGACGGACAUGACGGAGAAACAUUUGAUUGAUUUGUAAAACGGGCUGGAGUUUGUUUGCUGUGAUGCAGUAGCAGGUACAACAAUACAACAAACCAAUCCCAAGUGCUAACAGAGUGUUACAUGAAGACCUAGCACUCCGAGUCAUCAAGCUAACUGAUGGAUGAGGAGGCACUAGAUGUUGUCACUGACAAACAUUGACGCUAGAAAGCUGUGACAACCCAAGCUAUUGGCUGAUGAUAAAAACAUAAACACCUAAAUCAAACAGGACUAUUGAUAAUGGCGCUUUUGAGUCAACACUAUGGUGGUAGUGUACCCGGAAUGAUGAAGGCAUACAGUUCCUUGGCAAGUGCGACUAACGGAAAGACCAGUGUCUCUACUAGUAUGAGUAAUAAGGGGAGUGAGAUUCUAGCAGACAACAUCCCAAUCCUUCUAGAGGAUUCAGAUCAUGGACAUGGAUGCAACCACGUUAUCUAUCACUAUGCUAGCCAGGUAUUUGCAAGUUUACGACCAGCAAAUAGGACAGAUAAAUUGGUAUUAGACGUUGAUCUCAGAGCAGGGAAAGAACCACCGAAACUAACAGCCAUCAAAGAUGAACGAGCUAAGAGGAAGGUGUAUGACCUAGCAUUUGCAACCCUCAAAUAUCAACCCUUACUGGAAGACAUGUUGGUUGAUAGUGGUUACUAUGGCUACGACACAGUGCCGGAUGAGAACCAUGGAGUCAUUAUGGUAAUUCUUUGUGAUAUGCUGAAUCGUCGAUUCGCUAAACGACUACCACAACUCAACGAGUCAGUUAUCCCCUAUGUACAAGAAUUUGAAGAUGAUUUAUUCCGUCAUACGACUAAGCUCAAUGCCUCCUUAGCUAGGAAUAGAAUCAAGUUUCAAGCAAGGAGUGUUGAGUGUUUGCUACCAGAGAAGGUUCGAGAAAGAGAAGAAUGUGGGACUAAGAUGCCAAUCUAUGCUUGGGUCAACCAACUGAAGAAUAGUGUGGAAGAGGUGACUGAUCAUCUCAUUGAAGACGGCUACUCCAAGGUGAACUCAGUCAACUCAUUAGGAGAAUACAACUUUACACUGGACACACAAUGCCCUAAUAUUAUGGUCUUUGAUGCUCAGAAUCGUAAUGCAUUGGAGGAUAGUUAUCUUGUCAGGAAUGGAAGUUUAAUCAUUCAGGCUAAGAGCUGCUGCCUUGGGCCUCACUCUGUGAAAUCGUUAUUGAAUGAAGGAGAUGAUGUCAUCCAUGUAUACACUGGGUCUGGAUGGACCACAGAUCAUCUAUCAACAUUAACCAGUCAAGAACACUCUACAGUCUUUGCCUUUGGGGUCAAGAAUGAAGAACAUCAAGAACAGCUGAUGGCAAAUGCUAAGAAACUAGGAAUCAACAAUAUCAAAUUUCUUCUGGAAAAUUUCUUUGAAGUUCAACACCUUGAUAGUCGAUUCAAGAACGUUAAGGUUGUCUUGGUAACUCCUAAAGACUCCAGGUCAGGGGUCACCAACCCUGUAGAAUACAUCAUACAUGAAGGAGCCGAUGCAAGUAUACUCCGAGAGUUGUCUCAAGAACAAGUAGACACAGAUAAGUUGGAUGUACUGGUUUCACAACAUAUGGAACUACUCAAAAAUGCUAUGAAAUUCCCCAGAGUUCAAGCUGUAGUCUACUCUACAAGCUCAAUCUUCAAAGAAGAGAAUGAAAAUGUGGUUACCAAGGUAACGGAGUACAUCAAUGCUCGUAUGACCGGCAAGAAUGCUUUCCGUUUGAUACCUCCAGUCUUACCACUCAGUCCAGCAGACCUUGAAGAGCAACCAUCUUCAAAGUUCUUUAAGAAACCACCUUCAAGUACGAUGGGUGGAUGUUUCUUGUCUGUUAUGAGCCGUGAGGAUGAGUCAAUGAGUGCAUCCGAUGUUCUUGCCAGAGCAGCAGCUAAGGGUUUAUGUUCCAUUCCGGCACCUCAUGGAGACGAUCAUAAACCCAAGAAGAAAACAUCCAAAACAUCUCAGAAAUUACUGCCUAAAAGUGCCUCCAGCAAGAAAGAAAAAAAAGGAGCUAAAUCUCCAAAGAUUGGGGGUCAAAGUUCAGAUCAUGAUCAUGGAGUACCAGUUAAAGGUCCUAGUCUAUUGGUCAAGAAACCCAGUAGUAAGAGAAUACGACCCAUCAGAACUGCAAGUCUGAUGUUCGCCCAUCAUUUCACAAACCACUCAAACACAGAGAGGCAGCAACCAUACGGAGUGCCAAUGACUAAAGCAUCAUUAGUCCGGGCCCAGCCUAAAGUAGAGAUAAUCCUUCCUCACCAGGAGUCCAUGUAUCAUCCCAAACCAUUCCUGUGAUUGGUCAGGUAUGCUAGCAGUGGGUGUGGUUGUGCAAAUGACAUUAUUCCAAUUGGCUGGCUCAUUCUUAUAAGUGUUCUAAUUGGACAGCAAUGUCAUGAAUAAUUAACAUAUUUUAAUCACUAAGAUAUUUCCAACUGGCUAGUGAUCUUUGAAACUUUUAUUGAGGAACUAAACUAAGUUCAACAAAUUGAACAGCAAUUUAUCAAUUUAUUUAUCAGUUUGUUUAUUUAUUAA